AUAAAAACGGCACCGUGCGUUCUCUGCUGCUUCUGCUCAGACGAGAUGAAUCCUCAAACCGACAAGGUCGUGAGGAGAACGACGAUGGUGGCGACUGCUGUUGCUUCCUACUUCCUCUUAACCGGCGAUUACGGUCCCGAACCAAACGUACUUGAUCCCGUCAAAAGGAAGAUAGUAUCAGCCCAAGAUUCCGUGAAGCAAUUCAUCUAUCGACCAAAGAGAGACCAAUCUGGGAAAGGAGAAUCUGACAGUGCAAAAUGA